GAGUAAGUCUUGCACGCGCUGACCCGAGCGUGCAACUUAAAUUAAAAUACGGACAAGAGGAUGUUGAGAUUUAUAGGACUGUGUGCCGAUCGAAGGAGAGCAUUAUCCGCAAGGAUUUUGAUUCACCGUCUCAAUCCCGUCAUCACGCGCUCACUCUUCUCUCAAAUCAGAGAUCAGACCGCCAAACCUCUGCAUAUAUAUAUACACAUCUACCACUUUCAACAACGUUUCCCGAAAAAGAGCAUUUCAUUUCCCCCAAUUUCAUUUCUCCGUUCCCGUCGUCUAACUCUGUCUUCGUCGGAGCCGGUCCUCAUGGAGAAAGCAAUCAACAGGCAGCGCAUCCUUCUCGACCACCUCCGCCCUUCUUCCUCCUCCGAUCACGCCCAUGACUCCGCUCUCUCCGCUUCGGCUUGUUUGGCUGGGGAUAGCGCUGCCUACCAGAGGAACUCGGUGUUCGGCGACGAUGUCGUGAUCGUGGCGGCUCAUCGAACUGCCUUGUGCAAGUCUAAACGUGGCAGUUUCAAGGAUACCUUUGCCGAUGAUUUGCUUGCACCAGUUUUGAAGGCAGUGAUAGAGAGAACAAAUCUGAACCCAAGUGAAGUUGGGGAUAUUGUUGUGGGAACGGUGCUGGCACCAGGAUCACAAAGAGCAAGUGAGUGCAGGAUGGCUGCAUUCUAUGCUGGUUUCCCUGAAACCGUGCCUGUCAGGACUGUGAACAGGCAGUGUUCAUCGGGUCUUCAGGCAGUUGCUGAUGUUGCUGCAGCUAUCAAAGCUGGAUUUUAUGACAUUGGCAUUGGAGCUGGGUUGGAGUCCAUGACCGUUAACCCAAUGGCUUGGGAUGGUGAUGUGAACCCCAAAGUAAAAACUUUUGAACAAGCUCAAAAUUGCCUUCUGCCUAUGGGUGUGACUUCAGAAAAUGUUGCUCAUCGAUUCAGUGUGACUAGGAAGGAGCAGGAUGAAGCUGCAGUUGAUUCCCAUAGGAAAGCUGCUGCCGCUACAGCUGCUGGUAAAUUCAGGGAUGAAAUCAUCCCAGUUUCUACGAAGCUUGUUGACCCAAAGACGGGUGAUGAGAAACCCAUCACAGUUGCUGUUGAUGAUGGGAUUCGUCCCAACGCAUCUGUGGCGGACUUGGCCAGAUUGAAGCCCGUCUUCAAGAAAGAUGGAACCACUACUGCUGGAAACUCAAGCCAAGUGAGUGAUGGUGCUGGGGCUGUAUUGCUCAUGAGGAGAAGUGUUGCAAUGCAAAAGGGUCUCCCCAUUCUUGGAGUGUUCAGGAGCUUUUCUGCUGUUGGUGUCGAUCCUGCCAUAAUGGGUGUUGGUCCAGCUGUUGCAAUUCCAGCAGCUGUUAAAGCUGCUGGUCUAGAGCUUGAAGAUAUCGACCUUUUUGAGAUAAAUGAGGCAUUUGCAUCCCAGUUUGUCUACUGCCGUAAGAAGCUUGGACUAGACCCGGAGAAGAUCAAUGUCAAUGGAGGUGCAAUGGCAAUCGGACAUCCUUUGGGUGCAACAGGUGCUCGAUGUGUGGCUACUUUGCUGCACGAGAUGAAGCGUCGUGGUAGAGACUCUCGCUUUGGAGUUGUGUCCAUGUGCAUAGGAACCGGGAUGGGAGCAGCAGCUGUGUUCGAAAGAGGGGAUUGUGUAGAUGGCCUUUGCAAUGCGAAGAAAAUAGACAGCCAGAACCUCUUAUCCAAAGAUGCCAAGUAAAACCGUUUCUCGCUGCUGAGAGGAAUGAUUGCCGGAACCCUCUCUCAAUAGGACAGGACAACACAAUAAAGUAUUUGAUCUUCUGUUUGUUUAGAAAACUGGAAUUUGCCAAACGAGGUUUGGUUUAUAUCGUAUUCAAUUUACAAUUUGAAGGAACGGGCACCUCCCCGCAUAUUUACUGCAUGUUCCUAUGUGUUCCAUUCUAUAUCUUGCAUGGUCUUAGAUGGCCAGAGUUGACCCGUACAACUGACUAACUGGGCAAAAAGCCUAUUGUCUUUUCAUUCUUUCCCUUGCCGAUGGAAGAGUAAACAAAGCCUUCCUCAAAUAGGUGCAGUCUGUGCUGGAAAUUUGAGACAGCAAUCCCAAGCAACGGGUACAAAGCAAAAGAAUAACAUUUUAGUAAUUGCUUAAGUUAGAAAAGACUUGUUCUGCUGAGUGAACAGACCCUGCUGCAGAAUGAAGAGUUUCCAGGGUCUAUUGGCACGCUGCUACAUCGGUUACAGGAGCACGGCAAUGUCACACCAGUGGUCCACGUCCUUCGCUCGUUACUGCGUCAUCAGCUAACACCACAAGCUAUACAACUACUGUAUAAUUGAGUAAUGUCGAAGCAUCGCUCAGGUUAUCUCUUAAUGUGAUGAUUGAACUCAAAGUCGAAAGAGAAAAGCGGUGUCUCCUAAUAAUGUUCUGUCAGCUUCUUCUACUUACGAUCAUCCUGUAUUACAUACUGUAAGCACAAGUCUACCAAUGGCACCUAUUGUAAUCGUGCUAUACCUUACUUUCGUCAAUCUGUUUUUUUUGACAGUAUUUUCGUCAAUCUGUUGAAACACCAAUUAACCAUGAAAUUAGGCGCAGGUACUAUGACUUAACCCAAUAGACUGUCAAAUAAAGGUCACCAGCAGCAUAGGAUGAGAAGAGAACAAACCUCGCUGCUUCUACUUGCUUUGUCCUUGCUUGAGACUCGGCAGCAUUCACUGAACCUGAUUCCUGAGUGCCAUCUGCCAUGUCUUCUAGCUUCAAGGCAAAACUCAUUACGCCUUGUCGAGCAGUCAGGUACUCGGGUUGAUGAUUUGGGGUUUUAUAUUCUGAAUUGCAAUGCCCUUUAUAUUUUAAUGCUUCUCUCCUAUUAAUACUAAAUAUAUUAAUGAUUUUCCAUAACUAUUAAUUACUUUCUUAAUUCCUCACUUACCCUUAAUAACAAACUAACUACUAACCUUCCAUAAACUAACUAAAAUCCUAUUAGUCAAUAAAAAGGCUUUAAGCAU